AUGAGAUUGAAAGAUGAUAGAAACCAUUUCAACUCUCCACCUUUUGGCAGUCAUCUGUGGGUCAAUCCUCUGGUGGGGACUGUCAAAAUUAACUGUGUCGAUGCAUGGGACAAAGUUACGAAUGCAGGCUCUGUAAGGGUAGUGAUAAGGGAUCAUACUGGUAGUCUGCUUGAUGGUAGUGCGCAUUGUUUUCAGUCAUCACCAGUUGUGCAGGCUCAGUGUCAUGCGAUCCGAAGUGGAUUAGAGCUGGUCCAUAAUGCUAAAAGCUUCAUUCUCCUCUCUCUGGUGGACAUGGACUCCUCAAGAUCCGAACCAUGCAGCUGGCUGGGUGGCUUCGCAAGCAAGAAGGGGGUUGUGCGCCGAGGCUUGGGUCAUUCGACCUCCAAUCACCCUGGUCUUGAUACUUUCACGGGAUGGUGUACCUUGCCCACCGAACUUGACGCUUUCUAA